UUUGCAUUGAGGAAAAUAAAACCAGGAAAAGGACUCAGUAGACUGGGAACAUUUAAGGUCAGUGUGCACUACUGUUGGGUUGGUUUCAGGCUAUUCUGCUGACCUACAGGUGGCAGUAAUGGGCAGAAAUAAAACAUCAAAGGCAGUGAAGAAGAAGGCUAAUGUUAACCUUUAUGUGUGUACAUUUAUUUGUGUAUUAGCCCUCACUGCCAUGGGGAUUGUACUUUAUUGGUCUGGCUUUUGUUAAAGUUUUAUUUUUGUUAUGAAUGACCCCCAUUAUUUGCAGAAGUAGCAGAACAAGAAACGAUUUCAGACAUUUUCUGAUGAUGAAAACUGACAGUAAUUUUAAGGUGUAGACACUCAAAUGGCAAAUAACCCUAUCUAUCCUCAGCAGUAAUACAACUAACCUCCACAGGCCAAGUUGUAAUAGCUGUUGUGAUGUCCCUAUGCUAAAACACGGUUUAAAAGAGCAUUAGGGUCACACCAGAUCAAUAAGACUUGGAACCAGAGCCAGACUCAUAACACCACUACAGCCCCAGGAUGUCACUAAAUCUGGGUUUGACACAUUAAAUAGAUUUUCCUCUAAUGAUCAGCAUGCUGUGGCAUGAAAAAGUGAUGGUAUAGUGUGUGUGUGUGUGUGUGUGUGUGUGUGUGUGUGUGUGUGUGUGUGUGUGUGUGUGUGUGUGUGUGUGUGUGUGUGUAUCACCUCAGGCUCAGGGUCCACUCAAACAGAGUGGUGCUGUCACUGCUAUAAGCUGAUGUGUCACAUCUCCAGGGAGCUGCUUCAUCACCUGUGACACACACACACACACACACACACACACACACACACACACACACACACACACACACACACACAUAAAAAAAAACACCUGGCUGAGGCAUCUUUGGGAAUACACUGCUGUACUGUGUCAAUGUGACACAUUAUAUGUCUCUGUAGGGAUGCCCAGUGAACACCUGCUCUCUCUGGUCAAUGAAUAUCCACCUACGAUUUCACAUUAAUUUAACCUGCUCUUGAAAAAAGUGCAUUUGUUUGUCUGACUGGAUCAGGGAAACAAAUAUACCUUGAAAGAUGUCAAAGGUAAUGCUGAAGCUACCCAGGGACCCAUGAUACUCAGACAAACGCAACAUAAUGAAAAUCACGUUAACAUGUUUGGUCGGGUGAAAAUCACCCGGCGAUAGUGUUCUAGGGUUAAUGCUCUAAAUACUGAAUAAAGUCAUAACAAAUCUUGAAUUUAAUACCAAAUGGAAAAUUAGAAAGCCUGGAGUGUGUUAAAUAUAACGCUUUCAUUGACUCUUCAGCGACAGUGACAUCGUAGUAUUUGCUGGAGACAAAUAUGAACCGUCAUUUUUGAAAACAAGCUAAAAACAACUUGCAAGCUAAUGCUGGUUAAUAUGUCUAAAAGAGUUUUCGCCCCCAGCUAAGCCUUGCCCUUUAAAAACGUCAUACUGUUAACUAUCUCUACAAGGGUCCUUAUUAAAUUAAAUACUGAGAUUAUUGUGGUCAGCUAAACUGGUGUGCUGACACAGUAGUCAUGUAGCUGGGACAUACUGAGUUGCUAAUGGCUCAAAAUGACGUAGGCCAACUCUAAUGAUGUAACUAGAUUUUUGUCAAGGUGGGUGUUAAAGGUUGAGUUUUAAGUACUUAGUGAGAUGUUCUUCCUGUGGUAUGAAAGUGUUGGUUUGUGUGAUGAAGCACAUGUAUUCAGGCCAUUAAAAGUUUUCUGUCAAAGCUUUGGUGAAAACUGUGUAAACUCUGAUAAAUAAUUCAAAGACAACGAUCAUUUUACUGGAGAUAAGCUUGCUGGGUUGCCAUGGAAGAAAUGCAUGUAUUAUUUACUAGCAGUGUGAGUCGGACUGUAAGGCAGCUUACAGGCUCUUGGUAGUUUUUAGCUCUGUUCAAACAGCGAGGAUUAGUCGAGGUAGUAAUCCAUGGGGAACAAAUAGUGUGUCUGGGCUGCAGGUUUACCUCCGAAUGAGACGCAAGGAGCUACACUGCAGUUCUGUGGACCAUGUAAUGUGGCAGAGGGUUCACCAUGGAGGGAAUGAUGUUCAGGGACGGACAGGAGAAGUCACAGAAGCGGGUGAGGUUUCGUGUGGCUUCAGGGAACAGCGGCAGGGUGCUAAAGGAGAUCUUCAAGGAUGAGGGGCCUUCAGACUCCCUGGAUUCAGACUGCACCAGCAGCUCAGACGCUGAACGUGCCAGCACUCCUUCAACAAGCGGAGACGUACCUGGAAACCUCUUUGGUUCACUUGGCUCUGAGUUGGACGAUAGUGAAUGCGAGCCUGAUGAUCUGCUCUUGUAUGCAGGGGCCACUAAGGACUGGACGUUCAACACCAAAAGGGUCAACAUACUCAGUAAAAAUGGGACUGUGAGAGGGGUUAAGCACAAAGUCAGCGCAGGCCUGACUCUGUUCGAAAACCUCCAAAGUUCAAACUGUGUAAGUACAUCUGAAAGAUUGAUUUAAUUGUGUUGUGCACUGUCCUUUUUUAAUAUGUGAAAUACUUUAAAACCAGUUCCCACCAAUGCUGUUCCCACAUCUAGUUACAGGAAGAGUCACAUGUAGCUGUAAGGCUGGGAUAAAAGGCCACAAACGAGGACAAGGUCACGGAGCAAUUAAAGUUUAAUGAUGCAUUUCGUUAAGUGUUUCAGGAGAAACUAAUCAGGUUAAUGAAUUCCCUUCACUUCGCUUUCUAGUAUCCCUUCACCAGCAAGAGCUGUUUGUUAUUCUGAGGUUACUCUUAGCCGCAAAGUGAAACGAAAGGUAAGAUGAAGAAACUGUUGCUGCAAAGUAGUAUCAGGUCAGCAAAACGUCACUGUUGACAAGGUAAAUCUUUUCAUCAUGAUUAAGUGGAUUAGCUAAGGUUAAAUACUUUUAAUGGCUCCAGGUUCAUACUAUAAGACCAGUCCGCUGCUUUCCGUCUUUUAAAUUUCCCUAAAAAAGAGACAGUUGACCUUUAACCUUUUAAAAAAUAAUUCAGUCAACUUGCUUCAGCUUUUCCAGUAAUGAACCUGUAACUUUAUUCAUCCUUAUAAGGUAAAUCUUAAUGUAGUAAUGCAGAAGAGAAUGAUAAACCCCUACUUUAUCAACCCACUGGGACGACUGCAUCUGAUUUUAUUCUCAUUUUGCGUCUAACAAGAAAAUCCAAACUGGCCUGGAUGCACAAGUGACUUCAUUUAAUUGCGUUAAAAAUGCAGAACCACUUUCUCGUCAGGUAUCUCCUUUUUUAAAGAGACAGUACACCACAGUUUCAAAAGCUAGCUUAGCAAUAUUAGACUGCUGUAAUUCCCAAACUCAAUUAACGUGGAACCCUCUCCUCCGGAACGUCUCGUCUCCAAGAUGUUUGGACACUGAGCGCUUUAAGAGGCAAUUAGACGCUAAGCUAUAUAGUUAGUUACAACAUCCAACUACAAAGGUCACUGUUACACAUAAUAGUGUGUAGUUGUUUGGCAUGAUGUUUGUUAACAGCAAACACUCACCACAAGCAGAUGAUGUGAACUAUGUCCAGAUUUUUUAAUUAUCAAGAGUUUGUUUUGACGUCGACUUCAGUGUCAGCAUCUUGAUUUUUUUUUUUUAAACGUCUCAACGGUAAAUUAACACACCUCUGAUUAGUAACAAUUGUGGUUAGCCUGAUCUUAAAGCUCCUUUUAGGAAGUUUUGCAUUGACGUACAACCUAAGAGAAAUAAUGAAGCUAUUUGACCGUGAUCUUGUUUGUGUUUGUACCUCAAAAAAGGUUACAGUUUCAGAGCCAGUCCACCACAAAAACAUGCAAAAAAUUCCUAACUGGAGCUUUAAUCAGGCCUUAUGGGUAUUAGUCUGAGCAGGAACUUGGCUAGGCUAAUCUGGUGAAUUUUUAAGAAGACUCAACAACAUAACAGAAAAGUUAAAGUAUUAUUUAUAAAGGAUAAUUAUUAUUUAUAAUUACCUGUGGGAUGAAAAUUCUAACUACACUUGUGUCUAAAAUUUAGGUUGAGAAUUGAUUUAACUAGUUUAGCCCUUUUUCGAUAACCAAUUCUCGACCUAAUAAUGACUAUUUCAAAGUUUUGUUUUGGUUUGGUCAUUUUUAAUUUGUGAACAAAUAAAGGAGGUAAGAAAUGAUUUACCCAAACUUCAUAUUAUUGCACUUGAAACAUGGUUUUUAAUCAAACAUUGUUAAACCAUUAAGAAAUCCAUGAAGAAAUCAUUGGGUUGCAAUGCCUUGAGAAAUUCUUGAUCAGUCUUUGUGAUUUGUAAUAACGCAAAAAUGUAAAAGCUGAUUAUAUUUUUAGCAAUUAAAAAGCCAUAAAUUAAUACAUUUUUUACAAACAGUAUUUAACAUAAUAGAUACAGCUAACAGUGAAAACAAGUGACAACUAUUUUAAUACAGUUAGCAUUACUAUUAUGAUCCAGUGACAUAAAAGGAGCCACAUUUACUCAAACUCACCUUUAACACCUACAGAAGAUUACAGCUGAUUUGAACUCAAUCUCUUUUUGAGUAAAUUUAUCUCUAACAAGAAAAUACUCAAAAAUAUAGAUACAUAAUCCAGAUUUUUCUCUUUCUUUUAGGUGGAGCUGUCUGUUGAAUGUGGGAGGAUAGUGAUCUACACAACAAGUUUCCGUGUGGUGAGGACGACCUUUGAGCGCUGCGAGCUGGUCCGUAAAAUCUUCCAGAACCACAGAGUGAAGUUUGUGGAGAAGAACAUCGCUCUGGACAGCGAGUACGGGAAAGAGCUGGAGGAACGAUGCAAACGCGUGGGAGAACCUCCCUCAUUACCAGUCGUGUUCAUUGAUGGACACUACCUUGGGGUCAGUCUUGAUUGCUGAUCAAGUUUCAAUAUUGGGUGCAUUGAUUUAUGGGAUAUUGAACUGUGGUGUUAAACUUGUGUUGCAGGGCGCUGAGAAAAUACUCGGCAUGAAUGAAUCAGGAGAACUUCAGGAUCUUUUGACAAAAAUUGAGGUUGGUUUUGAGUAUUUUUAAAAUAUUUAGAGUGGUCUUGUAAUAGACAAUGAAUUAACACCUCGUGUUUGUCCAGAGUUGUACACAUGACCACAGUAUGCAGAAACAGUCAGAUCAGCUCAUUAUCAAGCAUGUGCAAACUGGAAUGUUAAAGAUGCAUGCACAUCAAUAAGCGACCAUCAAUAAUGAAGGGCUUGUUAUUGAUCCUGCUUCCAACACGUUUAUUUCAAGUGAGCCUACACUGAGCUGUUUUCUCUGUGGUACAAACUUAGAUUGUGUAAGCUAACAUGUUUUCACUGAACUGCUGCGCUGCUGUCACACAAGCUCAGGCCUUUUCUCAGGCCCUGGUUGUUAUUCACAGCCAACAAAAGUCUUCAUAAGCCGAUAUAAAGACGUGUUAUGACAUUUAAGUCAUGCAUUCCAGUCACUGCGGGCUAUUUAAAACGUGUGCGGCUCUGAAAGGUCAGGCAGACGCUAAUCAGUCAGGAUCUGGCCAGAAAUGUGGCCAUAUUGUGUGCUUGGUGAGCUGAUAGGAAUCUAUUUAAAUACAAUGUUUUAAAGAAGAACACAAAAUCUGGGGCAUAUGAUACAGUCUUACUUUGGGCCCCUCACAGGGAAUUAGAAGCUACAAGUCAUAGUAAUAAUACAUCAGGUUUUAUAUUUACAUUGGAUACAUCAUUCAUUCAUUCACACAGUCACACUUUGGUGGUGGUAAACUAUCUUAGUAGUCACAGCUGCCCUGGGGCAGACUGACAGAAACGUGGCUGCCAGUUUGCGACUAUGGCCUUUCCGACCACCACCACCACACAACACUCACAAUCACACACCAGUGGAGGACACACACUGGAAGCAGGGUGGGUUAAGUGUCUUGUCCAAAGACACAAUGGACAGACCAGGGAUAGGGCGGGACUUGAACCGCCAACCUUCCAGUUAUUGGCCAAUCGCGCUACCUCCUGAGCUACAAUCAUAGUCUGAUAUCACAGUUAGAAGAGUGUCAACAUUAGCUAGCAUGGCUACUGAAAAUGACGACAAUCAGCCUAGCUUUAAGGUUAAAAACAUUCUUAAUAUAAGACCUUAAAGGCUCACUCGUCAACAUUUGCUCGUGUCAGAUACAUAAGUGUAGAACUGCAUUCACAUAAAGCGGUCUAAUUUCCAUGAAAAAUCAUAAAAACCUGGUGAGAAUUAAUGCAACGUAAACCCCACUUGUCUUGCAGUCACAUGGUAGAAUAAGCUACUUGGUGCAUUUUGCUGAAGUGUGAAAGCAGACACUAACAUACAUUGUAAAGCUCCUCUUAAAAUAGUUGAAUGGAUCGUGAAGAAGGAGGUAUUUGAGUUGGUUUUACCUCAAAGCUUUGGUGUAAAUAGCAGACUUUGUUUCUCUGCAGCCAUCAGCCCAAACUUGUGCGCUCCUUCCACCAAGUAAGAAAACAAUCCAACUGUGACCUUUUACUGGGAGUAAGGAGCUCAGAUGUUGAUGUAAAGGUUACCCAGCUUGAUAGUCUAAAUGAGAGGAAAACACAGCAUGUGACAGCCUAUUUCUGGCUGUCUCUAUUUUGUUUUUUUAAAUCCCUUAUUCUUCAGGUCAUUCUGCUCUCCUGUUUGGCAGUCUCACAGGAAGUAAAUACACCUGAGCAAGAAUUUGUCAUAAAACCUCAAUUUCUCUUUUUAUUAUGAAUUUUUUUGCAACAUUUUCCACAAUUAAGUCUUACCUGUGCUGGUAUGCAGAUUUUCUAUGAUUGGACAGAGCCUAUCUAACUUUUUCCAUGUGGUUCCAAGUUAUCAUUCAAUGCUGAAGUCAAGUUACAGCGGAUAUGACUGAUUUCUUCUUCAAAAAAGCAGUCACCCAAGAUGAAGUUAGGGUUUGCGACUGUUGUGUGUGGUGCCAUCUUGCAUAGCGGUUAUCACUGCAUGGACAACUCAAGGGUUGUUGGUGCUGCUCACUGUGUGGAUCAGUGGAUUACGAAUGUUAGACAGCAAAAAAUCCUCUCAAGUCUGGAAUGAAGAUAUAAUCGAGGAUAUUUUGUCUAUUUUUUAGAGGGUACAGGAUCCCCAGACGUGCCAGACCUGUGGGGGCUUCGCCUUCAUCCCCUGCCCAACGUGCCAUGGCAGCAAGAUGUCUGUGUUUCGAAACUGCUUCACGGAUUCCUUCAAAGCCCUCAAGUGCACUUCCUGUAAUGAGAAUGGUCUGCGGCCCUGUGUGAGCUGCAGCCAAUGAGGAUGUUAAGUGCCUGACCCAACAUCUUCACUCUGGGACUAAACACAGGACCACCUUACAGUGGAUUUGAGACACAAGCAGUGUGGUGACAUACAGCAGGACUCCUCUUCCAAGGCC